AUACACGUACGUAGAUUGUGCGUACGUACGAGAGCCGAGAGCGGAACACGUCUAUUUUUACGGGCUCGCGUUCGGUGUUGUGUACACGCGACGCGUUUAUAAUUAGAUCGACUACUGCGUGUCCAGCCAUCGCACGGUGGUUCGUCUGGGGGUACACCUUCUCUCUUCCAUCUUCUCCACCUCUCGAGGCAGCAUGCAAGCACCGUUUGCGCCCACUUUACUUUGAUGACCUCCCGUAAUGCAAGGGAGAAAGAGAGCGAGCUUGAGCUUGCGAGAACCGGAUAUCUCGGAAAAGCCCGGUGUUUCAUUCCUCGACGGCUAUUUCGAUUCAAUUUACAACUGUUGUUUACAAUCGGAUGUUAAAAGUAGCUCGGAAACAUCGGCCGACUGAAAUAUUGUGGUAGCGCGGCGACGCGCACACUUAGAUGUCGAAACGAAAUUCCUUGAUUCAUGGAUAUCUCCAUAUGGUUAUGAGACGUAAGUGACGUCCACAAUACUUGCAUCGGAUAUCGGUAUCGACACUGUCCAGCGUCACUGUCGGUCAGUUAUUGAAAACAGGAGUCACCGCCUUGUAUAUAUCUCUCAUAUAAUCCUCCAAGCCUUCAACCAUGAGCAUAACCUCUUUAUAAACAAUUUCUGUGUGUUAAGUGGUAAGGUGUGUUAUCAGUCAGUGAAAAUUUAAGGGAUAAGUCAUUUGUCGAAAAUUAAUUCAACACAAUGGCAGAGUCCAUGAAGCAAAAACUUGUUGAGAUGUUGAAGGGUAUCGAAAGGUACAAUCCAGACAAUCUUGAAACACUGGAACAGUACGUUAAAAUACAAGUUUCUGAAAAUGCUUAUGAUCUUGAUGCCAACUUGGCCGUUUUGAAGCUGUACCAGCUGAACCCACAUCACUUUGACAGAGACAUCACUUGUAUGAUUCUUCUCAAGGCACUAACAAAUCUGCCACACACGGAUCUUAUACUCUGCAAAUGUUUGUUGAACAGCAAAAUUAUGCAGGAUCCAGACAUCACAAAUAUCUUGGACUUGGCAAAUAUGCUAGAAGAAUGCCAGUUUCAAAUGGCUUGGAGUCAAAUUGGAAAAAUGUAUGACUUGUGCAGUAGAGUAGCAGGUUUUAAUGAUUCAAUCAGAAAAUUUAUCUGCCAUGUCGUUGGAAUCACGUUCCAAACGAUAAAUAAGUAUGUGUUGAUCGAGCUGCUAGGGGGUAAAUCCCAUGUCAACGAGACCAUACUCAAGGCAUGGAUAAAAAAGUAUCAAUGGAAAGAAGAAGCCGAUAAUGUUAUUUUCAUUGCCAACCAAGAUGAAAACAUCAAAACAAAGAACAUUACAGAAAAAAUUGAGUUUGAUAAUGUAGCUGGAUUGAUGGCUGCAUGCUUGUAA